AUGAGACCAGCAUUCGUCGAUGCGCUCGCCCGCGGACGCGUACCUGCAGCGAACAUGCUUAGCUUCCAGCACCACCACCACUCCUGCAGCGCUCGAAUGCACACCGUCUCUGCCACCGAACACCGCCGCCUGCACGAUUUUUUCUGCUGGCUUGACCAACGGGAAAAUUCGGACAGCGCCGGUUUCCACGGCUUCAUGUCCGUGUUGUGCGGAUUCUUCUUGCAAGCCGGAUUCAUAGACUAUUCGAAGUCUACGCAUCACGCAGGAGAACAACUCCCAACACCACGCCUCGACAUCGUCCGCCGAAGCAUCUUCGCCAUCCCCAUCGCGACCAUCGAGGCUCGUGCUAUCUCGCGGUGUGCACUCCCAACAUUACCAACCUGCAACCUGCACCGCGGAUCCAGGAAGCACACAGCCGCAUCCGCGAGCCGCGCUCGACCAUGGGACGGAAGAGAAUCUCUUCGACGUCCGACUAUCUAA